UGAGACGAAGGAACAAGAAGACCAGGAAUUGCGGUUAAAUGACUCUUGUUCAUCUGACAUCGCAUCUCAAUGGGUUUCAUUUGCUUAAUCCAUUACAAAGUCCGAGACUUUUGUCGCUGUCUCGAGUCUCUGUAUCGAUUUCACAUCGAACCCAGUUGCAAAGUUUGGUUCUUUGUGCAAAGAAGAGGAACAAAGGAGUUGGGUACAGAAGAAUCAUCACGAGGUUUCUCUUCAAUUCACUCUCUUUACUCUCCCCUGAUCUUUUACCUCAGCCGUUGGAUCUCGUCAUUGCUGAUUUGGGCGGCGUAGAUGGAGGAGGAGGAGGAAGAGGAGGAGGAGGGUUAGGGUUUUGGAGAGGAUGGGGAAGGUUUGAUGGAUGGAGAAGGAAACGUAACAGAGUACCAAUUUUGGUUUUUGUUUGUGUGGUUCUAUGGGUUUAUGGUUUCUGUAGAGUCUCUGGGAUAGAGGUUAAGAGUGAACUGGUUUUGAAGGUUUUAGGGGUUUGUUUAUUUGGUGUUACUAUGGUGAAAGAGUUGAAGAGAGAGGCUAGAUUUUUGGUGUUUGGGUUUCUUCUUUGUUUCAUUGCUUCAUUGGUUCUUGGAUUCAAGAGAGAGAGUUUUGUCAAAUUAGCUUCGAGAGUUAGAUCUUGUUCUUCAGUUCUUUGUAAUAAGAGAAGUCGUAGAAGAGUGUAUAAAUAGAGAGGAAGAAACUAUUGAUCUUGUUGUUUCCUCCUUAUCUUUCAAUUGAGAUUUUUUUUCUUAA